UUUGGGCUUUCUCGCGAGAUCUGACAAUAGCGCGCGAAUAAAACAGGACGAGGGAAUGAUAGCAGAGUACGAGGAGGAACUUUCUUCAACAAAACAACAUCAACUACUGGACGCUGUUCUCAAGAAACAUCAACUUGUCUUACUCAGUACAGACAUCCAUCAGCUGAUUGGACAUCAAGAAACAUGUCUCCCUCCUCUGCUGGGGGCCAGCUUCACUUUGGAGUGUGACUAUCCACAGCCCCCCCAUGUAAAAGAAGAAGCGGACCCACAGCCCCCUAAUAUUAAAGAGGAAAGGGAGGAUACACAGCAUCCCCAAGGUAUGGAAGAAGAGGAGCAUCUACAGUCCCCCUACAUUCAAGAAGAAGGGGAGAGAGAGUCUCUUCUAGGACAGGAGGAGGCUGAUCCCACCAAGUUUCCACUGACUCUUGUCUCUGUAAAGACUGAAGACCAAGAAGAGAAACCACCUGAGUCCUCACGGCUUCAUCACAGUCCAAAUGUCUGUGAAGAACAUCUCCCUGAGCAGCAGGAGUGGACCUCCAGGAUGAAGCAGGAGGAGCCACAGCCCCCCCACAUCAAAGAGGAAGAGGUGGAGCCUCAAGACCCGCACAUUAAAGAAGAAGAGGAGGAACAUAGCAUCAGUCAAGAGGAAAAGCAUAUUGAAGAACUGGAGAAAGUUGAUGUCCCCAAGAUGCCAUUGACUGGUGUCACUGUGAAGAGUGAAGACGAGUUCAAAGGUGAUGAUAAAGAUUCUAAAGGUGAUAUUAAGACAUGUGACACUGACCACACACACUUUCAAUGCUCUCACUGUGACAAAACUUUUAAUCGCCAUCGUAAAAUGAAAAGACACAUGAAAAUACACAGUGGGGAAAGAGAUUUUUCCUGUUCAAUCUGUAGUAAAGGUUUUACACGAAAGGGUCAUUUGAAAAGACACAUGAGAACACACAACGAGGAAAAAGAUUUUCCCUGUUUAAUCUGUGGUAAAGGUUUUACACAAAAAGAUAAUUUGAAAAGACACAUGAGAACACACAGCGAGGAAAAAGAUUUUCCCUGUUCAAUCUGUAGUAAAGGUUUUACACAAAGAGAUUUGAAAAGACACAUGAGAACACACACUGGAGAAAAACACAUUUCCUGUUCAAUCUGUGGUAAAAGUUUUAGAAAUAAUGCUUAUCUGAAAACACACAUGAAAAUACACAGUGGGGAAAAGGAUUUUUCCUGUUCAAUCUGUGGUAAAGGUUUCACAGCAAAGAGUAAUUUGAAAAGACACAUGAGCACACACAGCGAGGAAAAAGAUUUCCCCUGUUCAAUCUGUGGUAAAGGUUUUACAGCAAAAUGUGAAUUGAUAAGACACAUGAGAAGACACACUGGAGAAAAACCGUUUUCCUGUUCAAACUGCAAAAAAAGCUUUUCGGAGCGAUCAACGCUUGUACAACACAUGAGAAGACACACUGGAGAAAAACCAUUCAUUUGCUCAGUUUGCGAUAAAAGAUUUUCUACCAAGAAAAAUUUGAAAAGACACACGAAAAUACACACUGAUCCUUUCGUCUGUUUAAAAUGCAGCAGAAGCUUUUCUGAACAAGCCAACUUUGUAUUGCACAUGAGAAUACACGACGGAGAAAAACCAUUCAAGUGCUCUUACUGUGCCAAAACGUUCCAAUACAGUGGCCAUCUGAAAAAGCACACAAGAGUACACACAGGCGAAAAACGCUUUUUCUGUUCAAUUUGCUUUAACGGUUUUUCAGAAAAUAAAGAUUUUCAAAAACACAUGAGAACACACACUGGAGAAAAACCUUUCGUUUGCUCCGUUUGCGGCAAAACAUUCUGUGUGAAGCAAAGUUUGAAAAUACACACAAGAGUACACACUGGUGAAAAACCUUUUUCCUGUUCAAGGUGCAACAAAAGCUUCACUAUUCGAGCAAGCCUUCUGGUACACAUGAGAAUACACACUGGAGAUAAACCAUUCAUGUGCUCAAUUUGCAAUAAAAGAUACAUUCGAAAGGGAGAAUUGGUAAUACACACAAGAAAGCAUACUGGUGAAAAACCUUUUAUCUGUUCAGUGUGUGGUAGAGGUUUUGCACAACAUCCCUAUUUGAAAAAACACAUGAGAAUACACUCUGGAAAAAAAACAUAUUCCUGUUCAAGGUGCAACAAAGGUUUUACUGAACGACAAUCGCUUGUAAGACACUUGAGAACACACACAGGAGAGAAAGAACCGGAGUGAGAAACAGUGUGCUGGUGAGAACAGCAAAUGAAGCUGCAGGAUUCUAUAUAAGCUGUCAUAAUGCUGACGUUCCAACAACAUCACCACUUAUAUCAUGUGUGACACAAUCAUGUCAAUAUGCUUCCACAGUUUCUAGAUUACAUUUUCUUUGUUUUGUAUUUUACUUCCAGUCAAGUACAUGUAUUAUUAUUAUUAGUUCUUUCUACUCCUUUUUUGGACAUAUUGUAAUGAGAAAUUGUGUAUAUGGGACAUAUACACUGUAGCUACUCUACAUGCAUGUUCAAAAUAAACUAAUACCGAUGUC